CUUUCAUCAAGCCUGCUUCCUCUCUGUCUGGUUCAACACUGACACUGCACCAAGAGAAAAAAAACCCGGUUUCCAGCUACAAGCCCCGCUUGUCUUGUUACCAAUCACACCAUGAAGGCCAUUAUUCAGAGAGUCGCAAAGGCCAGUGUGACAGUGGGCGAAGAACAAAUCAGCUCAAUAGGACGAGGAAUCUGUGUGCUAUUGGGCAUCUCUGUGGAAGACACCCAGAAAGACAUGGAAUAUAUGGUUCGCAAGAUCCUGAACUUAAGGUUGUUUGAGGAUGAAAAUGGGAAGCACUGGUGUAAGAGUGUGAUGGACAAGCAGUACGAGAUUCUCCUUGUUAGUCAGUUCACACUGCAAUGCGUCCUGAAGGGCAACAAGCCUGAUUUCCACCUGGCAAUGGGAGCUGAGCAGUCGGAGACCUUCUACAACGGCUUGUUACAACACAUCAGAAAGGCCUACAAACCGGAGCUUGUGAAAGAUGGCAAGUUUGGAGCCUACAUGCAAGUUCAUAUACAGAAUGACGGUCCAGUCACUAUUGAAUUAGAGUCACCUACAGGCCCUUCUGAUCCUAAGCAGAAGAAUUACAAUGCACCCAGUUCCUUUGCUGUUGGCUGCAAGGCUGGUUGAACAGUUUAUAUUUAUUUCUACAUCAGCAACAGAGAGAUCCACUUUUUCAAGGCACUCGGGAAUUAUCGGCAGACUUACUACAUCUCCUUCCGAUUGAUGGUGACCGAUGGAAUGAGGAAGAUUUAAUUUGCCACUGACCCAGAUCAACAGAGUACCAUGCAAAUGUUUUUAGUGUGUUAAAAGGUUGAGAGCUUGCAUCUCCAUGUCAACUUAUUAUGUCAGAAGAAUUUCCCACUUCAAUCCCCAGUAGAGGUUUUCAGGGUGGUAGAUAACCUUUUACAUUGGAAUGAAUGUUAUGUACCAAAAAUGCAAGGGGAGGUAGUGAAGUGCCCUGUAUCCUUAAGGUAGUGCUGGCCAAAAUAAAUUGGGAAAACAAUGUUUUCUUUUGUGUUCAGUUUGUUAUGA